AUGGGCAUUUUGCUAAGUGAUGGCGAUUCGACCUCGGAUCAGCAGUCAACGCGUGACUAUCCGCAGUUGAGCGGCGACUAUCACAACGUGCAGCUACAGGUCGCCGCCGUCGCUGCCAGUUCCAAGAUGUAUCACAGCAGCAGCGCCGCUGCAGCGGCCGCCUACACAGAUUUGGCCGCUGCCGGGGGCGCUGCCAGCGUCUCCGGUUAUCAUCAUCAGCAGGCGGUCAAUGCGCCCGUCUAUGUGCCCUCCAAUCGCCAAUAUAACCACGUGGCGGCACAUUUCGGCAGUGCCGCAGCGGCACAGAAUGCCUGGACAACGGAUAGCUUUGGAUCGGCGCAUGCGCAGCUGCCGGCGCAGUUCUAUACACAGAACGCAGCUGUCAUGAUGGCGCCCUGGCGCAGCGCUUACGAUCCAACUGGCUUUCAGCGCUCCUCCCCCUAUGAGAGCGCCAUGGACUUUCAGUUCGGAGAGGGGCGCGAAUGCGUCAACUGUGGUGCCAUCUCCACACCACUCUGGCGACGCGACGGCACCGGCCACUAUCUCUGCAACGCUUGCGGACUGUAUCACAAGAUGAACGGCAUGAACCGGCCGUUGAUAAAGCCCAGCAAGCGACUGGUGAGUGCAACCGCCACGCGUCGCCUAGGCUUGUGCUGUACGAACUGUGGCACUCGCACCACAACGCUCUGGAGGCGCAACAACGAUGGGGAGCCAGUGUGCAAUGCCUGUGGCCUCUACUUCAAGCUACACGGCGUCAAUCGGCCACUGGCCAUGCGCAAGGAUGGCAUCCAGACGCGCAAGCGAAAGCCCAAGAAAACAGGCAGUGGCUCCACAGCGGGAACUGGUUCGGGAUCGGGCUCUACCACGGAGACCAUCAAGGACUGCAAGGAAGAGCAUGAUCUCAAGCCCACGCUUAGCCUGGAACGACACAGUCUCAACAAGUUGCAUACGGAUCUGAAGAGCUCGCUGGCCGGCAGUGCGGUCAGCAGCCUAAUGGGGCAGCACCACAGCCAGCAGCCGCAGCAGCAGUCGGCACCGUCACAUCAGCAAUGCUUUCCACACUACGCCCAGCAGCACCAGCAGCAACAACAGCAGCAACAGCAGCAGUCGCAGCACCAACACCUCAGCCACCAAUCCCAGCUGAGUGCCAGGCAGUUGCAUGGAGCCGGCUCGCAGCUGUACACGCCCAGCAGCAGCUCCGCUGCCUCCGCGUACACGACGCACAGCAGCAAUGCCGCAGACACGCCCACACUAAGCAAUGGCACGCCCUCGCCUCACUAUCAACACCAUCAUUUACACGCCGCCGCCGCGGCGAGCAGCUCGCAUGGACACCAUGCAGCGGCGGCUCAUCACCACAUACACGCGGCCGCAGCAGCCGCGGCAUAUGGCGUCAAAACGGAGGCGAGUGCCACCAAUUAUGACUAUGUGAACAACUGCUAUUUCGGGGCCUCGUUUGGGGCCCUGGGUGGAGCCGCCUCCUCGGCAAUGGCUGGUGGGGCGACCAGCGAUCUGGCUGGGUACCAUCAUCAGCACAAUGUCAUCCAGGCCGCCAAGCUGAUGGCGACGUCCUGAGCGGCGGCGGCGGCGGUGACGGCGGGCACUGUGAUCUCUUCUCCACAACACACACAGCGUACUACAGACACCUUCGUUGGAGCCUCGUUGGAAUGGUAUUGAAAAGACUUUUGAACUAGUUUUACAUAAGUUGCAAUUAGUUUUUUAUGGCUUGUAAAUAACUGCACGAAAGUUUUGUACAAAUAUUUGUUUAUCGCCUUGUUCCGUAUCCCUUAACCACUUCGUAAGUCUCCAGUUAGGCUAAGGCUUAUUUUUAUACACCAAUGUGUAAAGUGUUUGCAUUAACCUCUUUCUCUAACUAGCAUAAAUCAUCCAUAUCAAACACAAUGCGCACCCAAUCAUAGAUCAUUUAGCCAUAUGUUAGGUAGAAUU